AGAAGGGAUGCUGUGGGUGGUGACGGAAAGUUGCACUCUUCGAAGAACAACCUGUUGGGUCCAGAGAACUGGUGGUCCCCUUCAGCCCUGGGGAGAAAAGGGGGCGCAUUCAGAGCCUCCCUUUGCUGGAGUAGGGAAAGAUCUCGAAAUACCCACAGCUUGAGCAGAUUAAACAUCUAGAUUCAGGGUGGCCCAGAUUUCUGCAGCGAAUUUCUCUCGAACAAGCGGCAACUCUCCUGUGAGGACCUCCUAGCAGAGAUGGCCUUGGCUGAUCUUCACUACACCACAGGCAUCAGCAGUGGAUUCAAGGUCUACAUCUUGGAAGGUGAGUCCCACAAACCCUUGCCUUUAAUGCAGUUUGUGUGCAACUUCCAGUGCUCCCUUUUGCAGCCGCAGAGGCAGUGGGAUGUAGCGGUUAAAAUGAGCAUAUCCCCUUUAACCUGGCUGAGUGCUGAGCCUAAUGCUGUGCACGGAUCCCUGUUCCUGCUACACCACGUAUCAGCCAUAUCCUGAGGGCACGAAAAGCAAUUGCAGGCUCCAGCUGAGCUCGGCCUGGGAGAGGCAGCACCCUGCCUGCCACCACCUCGGCUCUUCCAGGUGUCCCCACUUCGAUUCUCCUCAGUGGCCCACUUCACAGGGCCGGCCACUCUAACACUGCCUUGCUCCACACCCCCACACCCCCGAUUCACCCUUAGAGGUGCAUAUUAGAGUGGAAGUAUAUUGGGGGAGAGAACAUUUUCCAUUUUUAAUUUGAAUCUGCUUGCAGUAUUUCGUUCACACAUUCACCUCCUUCUGAUUUUUCAAUAUGCAUACUUUUAUUUUUAUUUGUUUUAUAGGUUUAUAGGCUGCCUUUUGAAAAAGGAAAACAGUUUAUCCCCACCAGCUGGUGGUUCCUUUUAGAUUUGCACACAUUACUCUUGUCUGUGUCUAUCCUCCUUCCCCCACUGUUGUCUUCACAGUUGGAAUUUGGAUUGUAUGCUCUCUGGGGCAGAGGCUUCUGUCUUUUACAGUGAUUAUGGUAACACACCAUGUGCUCAUCUUGACUGCAGCCCACAAAAAUAAGGGGUGUUAGAAUCCCCUUUGGAUGGGGAAAGUGUUCUGUCUUACCUGCCUAGAGCAGCAACAGUGGGGUUCAGCUAGGGAAGGGGGUCAACAAAGGGUCUCUUGGCACAUUGAGACCUAUCGGAUGUAUUGCAUCAGUAGCUUUCAGGGACUUGAACUCACUUUGGCAGAUCCAGGCAGUAUUGUCCUCAGUUUCACGCAUAUGAUGUGAAGUUGGCUCUCAUCCCCAAUAGCUUUCCCCACCACAAAUCUGGGCAAGCGCUCUGAAACAAGCGAGAACUGGCAUGAAUAUGGGACAAGGUGCACUGCUAAUUAACUAAUCCCACAACCUACGAACGCAGGUCUAGAGGCACAUUGCACACAGAAGUGGUGUCGGGUGCCACACCAGUACCUGUCUGAACAGGAACCAUUAGUCAAUGCCAUUGCUCCACCCACUUUGAAAAAAGGAAGGAGCAUUCAGCCCAGACAUUUUCUUUGAGGUCCAGACUUAUGCGCUCAGAAAAGGCAAGUGGCAUUGCCUACCUAGAGCUGCACAUAGAAUGCAGAUGGAGGGAACUGCGUAUGUAUUUGAAUGGUUGGCCUUAAAAGGGAUAUCAGGGAUGGGGAAACUGUGGCCCCCCAGAUGCCUUUGGAAUACAGCUCCCAUUAUCCCCUGACCUUCGGUCACGCUGGCAGGGGAUGAUGGGAGCUUGAGUCCCAACAACCUCGGGGGGGGGGGCCUACAGGUUCCCCAUCCCUCAUCCCUGUUUUAAAUAAAUAAAUAAAUGGAUGAAUCAAUGAAUGAAUGAAAGCCAAGUCUCCCUGCACAUAGACACCAGCAUGGCUCAGCUAGGCUCUUUUCCCAAAUGCGCUCAUUUUUUAUGGGUAUAGGAUUUUUAAUUCCUUUUUUUCUUUUUCUUUUUUGAAUGAGGGGCAUUCAGAAUGGGAUCUGCACCCUGAGGCAGUUCAGUCCUAGGAGGGCGAUAACAAGUCCUUUUUCUGCAUCUGCCCUAAGACUUAGAGUGUUGCCGUUCUCAACAGGCUCGUUCAGAGCAACUGAUCCUCACAAGCCUCACGUGCAGCCCAGACAGCUGCUCUAGUCAUCAUGGCAAACAGGAGGCAGCCCCACAAGGGGGUGGAGAAGUGCUGCUGCUCAAAACUCCCCUGGUCUUUUGGGUCUGUGGCCAAGCAGGAGAGCGUAGCAGUGCAUUGCUAAAUCAGACUGGCCCUGAGGCCUAAUAAAAGUGAAGAUCAUGUUUCCUGUGUGAUGAUACAGGAGUGGGUGGGGUGGGGUGGGGUGGUAAAGCUUAUAUUCUGUGAACCGCCUGAGACCCCUGGGUAUAGGGCGGUAUAUAAAUUUAAUAAAUAAUAAUAAUAAUCCCUGACAGGUGCCAGACAAAGUCAGUUUAGGAGUUUUUUAAAAAAGUUAAACGUCUGCAUCUCAGGGGGGAAAGCAUCUGAAAACAGAACUUGGAAAGGCGGUCAUUUUGUGGAAUUUGUUGACACCUGAGUAUCUUUCCCUUUUGUUUCUGAAAUCUUCAUGGCUACAAAGUCAGCACAGGACUAUUCCCUUUAUCUUCAGUCUUGGAGAAAAGCAGAAGGGAAACUUGAAGGAAGUCCAGAGCUUUCAUUCCAGCCAUCUCUGAUUAAAGGAUUCUUGGUGGCAAGAUUAGAAAGACCCCUCCUGGACAGCUGCUACCAUUCAGUCCACACCAUGUAGAGAGAGACAUGCACACCAGAGCAAGGGCUCUGUGACGUCCGCACUAAACAAUAAAAUAAAAUUCUGCAUCCAGACAAUCUGAAUCCUACAUUUUAAAAAAUGAAUGUUGAUGCCUGAUAUGUUGCUUGUGCUCUUUUUUUAGACUCUCAUUUAGCAUAAUUUAUUCUUCAGUGUUUCCCUUCCUGCAUAGUUUCUAGUCAUGGGGAGGAGCGAUGUCAGGCACCACUUUUAACCACAGGAAAUCAAGGUUAGCCACUUCUCUGGCAUUUCCAAAUGUGUUGCUCACACUGUUUUUGGAUGAAAGCAGAGAUUCUCCAGAUGUGGUGCCCAGUGCCAUGUUCUGCGCCUUUUCUGUGGUCCUGUGGAAUCAUGGCAGGCACACACUCAAGAAAACAGAUACACGCUUAUAACAUGGCUGCUUUUCGUAAUAAGGAUCCCUGCCAGAGCCACAAAGCCUGACAUUAUUGUACACUGCUGAAUGCUCUAGUCUGCUCACUGCCUUCAUUUGUUCUGCGAGAGCCUCUUCUGGGCAAAAGCCCCGGUGGUGUUUGUCCUUUUGGUUAUGGAUAUAGCAGAUUACACAGGAUGUUAUCAACAGUUCAAAAUUGACUUCCCCCUGUGCAGUAUGUGAAGCAGCACUUUAGUAUUCAUGCUCAUGCAUGUACUUGCACAAGCACUUGAAUCAAGAUGUAUCCAGCCCUCUACUCCUUAGGCCCUCCAAUCCUAAACCUGCUUACCUGGGAGUAAGUCCCAUUGAAUUCAAUGGGGAUUACUGCUGAGACAACGUGUAGGAUUGCACUGUUGCUGGACUCCUAUUUCCCCUGACUGUUGGCCAUAACUGUGGGAGCUGAUGGGAGCUGGAGUGCAAUAGCAUUCUUUGCUCUAGAGGCUCUGAGAAGUGGGUUCAGCCCUAAAGACUGACAGCUGUUGCUGUCUCAGGCUGAGCAAUCUUUUAAGAAGCCCUGCUAUAAGGCUGUUUUCUGCAGAUGCAAUAGAGGCGAUGAAGAAGGUCCUCUUUGCCAUCACCAUCGCCACUUGGUAGGCUCAACAUUGAGCUCUAACCCGUGUCUGGUCCGAUUUCCGCCACCAGCGCUCUAGCCGUCUCAGCGAUUGUUUCAUCACCCUCAGCUCCGGGAGAAACUGAGGGAGAAGACACUUCAGAGCCAGACAGUCAAUAGCCCUGGUUAACUCCGUAUUCCAACGGGUCACCGGGGAAUCAGCUGAAAGGCGAUCAACAUGGGAUAAAGCAUCCCCUACCACUCUCUGGAAACCGUUUGGAUCCAUUAAGUGACGGGGGCGGACCAUCCGAAUCAGUCCCACCUCCCUGCAGAGGGGAAGGGUCUCAGAGAAAUCCAGUUGCACCAGGAAGUGAUCUGACCAUGGCACUUCUUUUGUUUUGCUUUUACUUAGUGUCAGGGGUUCAGGAGCAGAGGCAAGGGCAAGGGAGGAAACAGAGAGCGAGGGGGAGGAGGCAGAAGAAAAGAUGAGUGAUGACGACGACCCGAGAUCUCCGAGUCUUUCCAGUGAAUCAGAAGAUUCACAGAAAGGAGCACCAGUGGCCAGGGCAAGGGGAGCCUAGGGGACGCCCCAGGAAGAUAGAGCCAGAGGGGACUCAGAGGGAGCAGUUGGAAAGCGGGACCAGCGUCACCGCCAGAGAGCAGGGAAGAGGAAGGAGCCAGGGAUCAAGCGCUGGCAGCUCACAACAGGGGAGGGCACGAGUCAGGAGUGGCCACACCUCCAUCGGGGAGCGAAGAAACGGUCAGACGGAAGGUGGAAGGUUGGGCGCGCCCGCCAACUUCCAAUGCACAGGAAGGUGGCACAGUAGGCAGCCCGGAACGGGAGCCAGGUCCUAAAGCCCGCCGAAAGGAGGGAGAAGAGUCAGGGGGGUCAGCGUCAGAGGAAUCCCGGAAAGAAGAGACCCCAGGGGGCAGAGGGACCCAGAGAAGAACAGUCAGGCGGAAAAGGUGGAGCAGGGCUAGGAUAUUAAGUUGGUGUACAAGGGGCGGAGACUCAGACGGAGCUUCGCCGGUCUAACCAUGAGACGUAGAGUUGCACGCAGCAGUUUGAGAAUGGAAACUGUAACUCAAUAAAGACUUUUGUUUAAUGAUCGCUGGCUAGCGUGAUCCUCUGUGAGCUAGGAUCUGGAAGCAGCUCUGACAGUAAGCUCCGUCUCCAGAAAUUGUGGGCAUCUACAGCCUCGCGGAGAGGAGAGAAAGCGGGUGCCUACUAGCGAGCUCACGAAAGGCAGACAAUAUGACGGCCGAACAGCAGAUAGCGGAACUCAGAGAAGCAGUGUCACGACUGAAUGCCGAGGCUCUUGCAUCCAGGAAGAGAGAGGAGGACGCAGCUGCCGCCUACAGGGAUCUCCAGGUCAGGUUGGAAGUGCUUACGAAGCAAGGGCAACUGACACCCAAACCGGAGGGAUUGGGUUGGGGAGACGAACAGGCGGUCUGGUCUCUCACUUCGAUGGGAAUUUGCAACAGUACCCCAACUUUAGAGCAGAUGUAAUGUGUGCACUGCAACUGCUGGACAAAGACUUUAGAGAUGAGCAAGAGAAGGUGGGAUUCAUCAUGUCCCAUUUGCAUGGAGAUGCUAAAGCAUGGCUGCGCAAUUUGUGGAGAGAUAAGGAUCCGGCGCUCCAAAAUGCGGAUGCCUUUAUUAAAGCGAUGGAUGGGUGCUUUUAUCAAGCAUUGACGUGGAUCUUGCUCGGCAGCAGAUACAUGGACUGAAGCAAGGGAGGGCCAGCGUAAGGCAGUACCAUGCCCGCUUUUUCGCUUUGGUCAGUGCUCUGGAAUGGGACAGAGAUUCGGCUCCUGUAAGAGACCUGUUUUGGGAGGGAUUGCACGGCUCGGUUAAAGAUGAAAUUGCGAGGGGAGAGACCCGGACCACGCAGGAGAUCGUUCAGAGGGCGCUGGCGGUGGGGGUGCGGCUGGAAGAACGUCCGUGGAGCAGGGACGAAGGGCGUGGAGGGCGCGAACCAGCCAGGGGCUCCUCCUUCCUUCCCAGAGAAGCAGCGCGUGCGCAAUCCACGCCUCCGCCAGGAGGAGGAGCGGAACCUAUGGAGGUUGGAGGUGCAAGGGCUCAGUCAGCAGCCAGAGCCCUAGCACCGGCAGCAGUGAGCGAAGCCUCCUAGAGGGAACAGGAAGUGUUACAUCUGCGAUGCUCCACAGCAUAUGGCGAAAGAGUGUCCCCAGAGGCUCCACAAGCACACUGCAGCUUCAGCAAUGGUAACUGCAGCAACGCAGCAAGGAGAACCACAGCAGGGAAACGACGGAGUCUGGUUGGAGGAAGAGGCACUGGGGCCCAGCCAGACGUGUCAGUGAAGCAGUCCCCAGAGAUUUUACAGCCCAUGGACCCCCUCCCGCCCAAACCAGUAGUGAGGCUCACCGCGUCGCUCCAGCUGCCCAAUGGAAUCACCAUGGACGUGCCAAUCACCAUUGACUCCGGAAGCAAUGCGGACUUUAUAGGGCAGGACUUUGUCGACCGGCACGCUAUACAGUUGCUGCCUGCCACGCUGCCCCUGCAGGUUGUCACGGUGGAUGGCAGGGAGCUGCUAGGGGGGCAAGUGGUGAAGCAGACGCCACCAAUGGUGAUGCGGCUUGGGAAUCACAGGGAAAUCAUCAGCUUCAAUGUCACUCAACUAUCGGACACGCCCAUUGUAUUGGGCAUGAGUUGGCUGGACAAGCACAGCCCGACGCUGGCUUGGUACCAGAGGCAGCUGACCUUCGGCUCUUCCUUUUGCGCUGAACACUGCAUCGUGCCCCGGCAGGAAGGAGAGGAAGAGGAGUCACAGCUGCAGCUCGGCACGCUGCAAGCGGUUCCCCACAAGUACGCAGCAUUUUUGGAGGUUUUCUGUGAGAAGGAGGCAGACAGGCUACCCCCCCACAGACCAUAUGACUGCAAAAUUGACCUGCUGCCGGGGGCGGCGCUGCCCAAAGGGAAGCUGUAUUCCAUGUCUGAGGACGAACUGCAGGAACUCAAAGAGUUCAUAGAUCAUAAUUUGGAGCGCGGUUUCAUCCGAGAGUCCAAGGCAGCGGGGGCAGUCCGGUAUUCUUUGUUAAGAAGCGGGACACGCCCCAGAAAAGACUUGUAGUGGACUAUCGCAUUUUGAACAGCGUGACCAAGCCAUCGGACUUCCCCAUGCCCCGAAUCGACGACCUCCUCGCAAAGGUACGGAAGGGCAGCGUGUUCACUAAGUUGGACCUGCGAGGGCGUACAACCUCAUUCGCAUGCGGGAAGGAGAUGAAUGGAAGACAGCCAUCGACACGCCCCUGGGCACCUACGAAUAUAGAGUUAUGCCUUUUGGAUUGCAAAAUGGUUCCCACGAUUUUCAAGCUUUCAUGCAUCACGUGUUGGCGGGGCUCCUCUACAAGACGUGCGUCUGUUUCUUGGAUGACAUCCUGAUCUUUUCGGAAUCGCAGCAGGAGCAUGACAGACACGUCAAGGAAGUGCUGAGCAGGCUACAGCAACAUAGGCUUUACGCCAAGCUGGAGAAGUGCCAAUUCGACGUGACGGAGGUGGAUUUCCUGGGCUACAAGUUGUCUGAUAAAGGGCUCGCCAUGGACAGCGCCAAGGUCCGAGCAGUGUUGGAUUGGAAAAGCCCACGCAACCGGAAGGAGGUCCAACGGUUUGUCGGCUUUGCGAACUUCUAUCGCAAGUUUAUCAAAGGCUUUGCCAUGCAGACAGCGGCCAUCACGGACACGCUCAGCUCCAAGAAAAGGAAGUUCAUCUGGACAGAGCAGGGGGAGCAGUCCUUUCAGGCACUCAAGCGUCUCUUCGCGUCGGAAGAGCAACUGCUUCAUGUCAACCCCAGCAAGCCGAUGAGGGUGGAGACAGACGCUCGGACAGAGCCGUGGGAGCAGUCCUGCUGCAGAAGGACCCGCAGGGGGUUUGGAGGCCGGGAGCGUUUUACUCAAGGAAGCUCAGCAAGUCCGAACAGAACUACACCAUCUGGGACAGGGAGUUGCUGGCCAUUCAUGCAGCGUUCAAAGCGUGGAGGCACUUCCUGAUCGGCGCCAAGCACACGGUGCAGGUCUGCACGGACCACAAGAAUCUAGAGCACUGGCGCACGGCACAGUUCCUGAACCAGAGGCAGAUACGUUGGGCUGAGUUCUUUGCGAAUUUCGACUUCCGAAUAGAGUAUGUCCCGGGGGACACCAACAUCAUGGCGGAUGCUCUCUCCCGUAAGCCGCAGUAUCUAGAGGAGGCAACGCCAGCGGCCGCCAUGCACAUCUUCGCACCGACAGUGUGGGCGUGCACGGCGGCAACAGUUGACCUGGAGGCGGUGCGACGAGCGUUGCAGGAUGACUCCUUCGCGCAAGCAAAGAUGGCAGAGGCGCACAGGGGCACGGCAGCGACCGACGAGUUCCAGCUGCGAGAUGGUUUGCUCAUCCGUAAAGGGGCCAUCUACGUGCCGGGAGAGCGAACUUCGCGCCAAGGUACUGCAGCAGCUGCACGACGCGCCCACUGCCGGGCACUUUGGCAAGGAGAAGACGGUGGAAUUAGUAGCCAGAGACUUCUGGUGGCCAGGAAUGAGAGGGAAGUCGCGGACUACGUGGCGAGGUGUGACACCUGCCAGAGGGCCAAACCAGUGCACAGACCGCCGGCCGGAUUGCUGGAACCGCUGCAAACUCCGUUCGAACCAUGGGAGAGAGUGGCCCUGGACUUUGUCACGGAUCUGCCCAGCUCGAGGGGCAAGACGGCUGUGCUGGUGGUGGUGGACUUGUUCUCCAAGAUGGCACAUUUCAUUCCGUGUGCGAAGGUGGCCACGGCGGAACAAACAGCCAAACUGUUCAUAGACCACGUGUUCAAGGUUCACGGUCUGCCGCGGUCUAUUCUGUCCGACCGAGGGCGACAGUUCAUCUCGAACUUCUGGCAGCGGCUGAUGGGCUUCCUGAACGUCAAGAUCAACCUGGCGUCGGCUAGACACCCGCAGACCAAUGGGCAAGCGGAGCGGGUCAAUGCCAUCAUGCAGCAGUACCUGAGAUGUUAUGCGAAUCAACAGCCUGCGACGUGGGUGGAUUACCUGCCUCUCGCCGAGUUCGCCUACAACAACACGAAGCACGUGUCCACGGGGGUCACGCCGUUCUUCGCCAACAACGGGAGGCACCCCAGAACCUUCCCGGGACUGGAAAGAAUGGGGGAGGGGGGCCGCAGACAGCAGAUGCAUUCGCGUCGGAGUUGCAGGAGGUCCACGAUCAGCUGCGGCGGCACCUGGAGCUGGCUAAACACGCAUACAAGGUACAAGCGGACAAACACAGAAGGGUUGGCGAAGAGAUCCAUGUGGGAGACUGGGUCUGGUUAGCAGCCCACGCAGUGCCGGCCAGGUCGUUGGCGAAGAAGAAACUAGGGCAUAAACAACUGGGGCCCUACCAAGUCGAAGAACAGGUCAACCCGGUGGCUUUCAGGCUGGCUCUUCCGGAGGGUUCCAGGAUGCAUCCGGUGUUCCACAGAUCGGUGCUCACUCCAUACAAGGCACCUCACAGGUUUCAGGAACCAGGAACGGCACCGGGUCCGCUCCGAGAGAGAACCGGGCAGUGGCACGGGAGGAGCGCAUCAACGAAGCCACGGAGAUUUUGGACUCCAGAUGGGGGAAGAGGGGUAGAAUACCUUCUUGCCAAGGAGGGCACCCCGGCCAGUGCCAACAGCUGGGUGCCGGGCUACGCUUUAGACGAACCUCUGCUCAAAGAAGAGUUUCAUGCCCUCUUCCCACAUAGGCCAAUGCCAGCAGACUUUUUCGACGACUGGCUUUUCACGCCCACGCUUUCAGCCAGCACGUUCCGGGGGUUCGACUCGGACGAGGAACCGACACGAGACGCCCGUUCCCCGGAAGGGUCACCCUCGGGAUCUGCUUCAGAACCCUCGUAUUGGUGGGAUGAUCGACCAGAGGAGCAGUUCCGCAGAAGGUGGCUGGAGGGUCCAGGACGAGCAACGUCUCCAGAAGGUAACGAGGAGAGACGGACAUGGACGUUUCGGGACGACCCGGGUUUCGAGCACGGCGGCACAGAGAUGGACGCGGAGGUGACCGUCGUCAACGGGAGCAGGGAGGAAGAACCGGAAGACUUCAGAUGGCGGCCCGCCACGGGAAGCGAACUGUAUCCGACAUUCGUCCCCCUGACACGGCAGCACCCAGAUCCCGCACCGGAAGGAGGGGAGGGGAAGAGGGGGCUUCGAGGGGGAUGGAUGUCAGGGGUUCAGGAGCAGAGGCAAGGGCAAGGGAGGAAACAGAGAGCGAGGGGAGGAGGCAGAAGAAAAGAUGAGUGAUGACGACGACCCGAGAUCUCCGAGUCUUUCCAGUGAAUCAGAAGAUUCACAGAAAGGAGCACCAGUGGCCAGGGCAAGGGGGGAGCCUAGGGGGACGCCCCAGGAAGAUAGAGCCAGAGGGGACUCAGAGGGGAGCAGUUGGAAAGCGGGACCAGCGUCACCGCCAGAGAGCAGGGAAGAGGAAGGGAGCCAGGGAUCAAGCGCUGGCAGCUCACAACAGGGGGGAGGGCACGAGUCAGGAGUGGCCACACCUCCAUCGGGGAGCGAAGAAACGGUCAGACGGAAGGUGGAAGGUUGGGCGCGCGCCCAAGUUCAAAUGCACAGGAAGGUGGCACAGUAGGCAGCCCGGAAAGGGAGCCAGGUCCUAAAGCCCGCCGAAAGGAGGGAGAAGAGUCAGGGGGGUCAGCGUCAGAGGAAUCCCGGAAAGAAGAGACCCCAGGGGGCAGAGGGACCCAGAGAAGAACAGUCAGGCGGAAAAGGUGGAGCAGGGCUAGGAUAUUAAGUUGGUGUACAAGGGGCGGAGACUCAGACGGAGCUUCGCCGGUCUAACCAUGAGACGUAGAGUUGCACGCAGCAGUUUGAGAAUGGAAACUGUAACUCAAUAAAGACUUUUGUUUAAUGAUCGCUGGCUAGCGUGAUCCUCUGUGAGCUAGGAUCUGGAAGCAGCUCUGACACUUAGUGUCAGAUCACCAACAUCCAUAGAGGUGAACACCAGGUCUAAGACAUGUCCGCGGCUAUGAGUUGGGCCAGACUUAUUCAGGGACAGCCCCAUGGAGGCCAUGCUUUCCACGAAGUCCCGAGUGGCCCUUGUAAGGUCGUGUUGGCAUGGAUGUUAAAAUCCCCUAGGAUAAGGUUACCAGGCAUCCCCAUUUCCUGGGGACAGUCCCUGGAUUUACAAAUCAGUCCCCAUACAAAAUCCAUUUAAGUUGACUAGUGUCCCCGGAUUCAUUGAAAACAAUCUGGUAACCUUACCCUAGGACAACCAAACUAGGUGUCUCCAGGAGCACAUCCAUCACAACCUGAAGCAGCUCAGGCAGGGAGUUCUUGAUGCAGGGAGAUCCUUGACCUUCUCUGGGUCUCCAUGCCUUCUGCCCAGUCACCAUUGCAUAAUGGGAAACCCAUAUUUGCAGACACAGCCAACUUGCUUGCUGCCAGUGCCAGGUCCAUUUUUGCUCUCAUGCCUAGUCCCAAACCACAACACCCAGGGCCAGCCCCAGACAUUUUGGUACCUGAGGUGAACCACAGAAUGGUGCCCCCUUCUCACCAGGAAAGAAGGGAGGAGUGAAGCUAAACACCAGGAGCAAUGGGGGGAUAAAGAUCUACAUUGGGAUCCACUGCCUCCGGGGACCCUGCUGCCUGAGGCGGUUGCCUUGCCUUGCCUUGCCUCAUGGGUGAGCCAUCCCUGACGGCACCCCCACUCUAGCGUUCCCGUCCACCCUGCUGUCAAGUUGCACUGCAAGAUGUUUCAUUGGCGCUCUCUUUCCAGGUCAGUCGUCUUUUGAGAACGAGCCGAGGUUCCCCCGCUUCCCAGCCCAUCGGCUGCCUGUCUAUGCCAUCAAGCGCAAGCCCAGUGUGGAUGUGAGAAGCCCUGAACGGAGCUUGCAUGGGCAGAGGGCGUCGAAAGUCAAGCGAUCGACCUGCGGGCCUGUGGCAGCGUGAGUGACCUUCAGGACCACCAGGGGGCGUUGUAGCAUAAGGGCUCAGCAUUUUUGAAGCAACUUUUGAAAUGUUUGGGCUCCGGCCUCUGGCAACCCUUAAAACAGCCCUGCAAGGUGUGUCAGUCUGCCCCUCACCAUGGUGCUCAUGGCCAGCCAAGGGUGACACAAGACUUGCUGAUUUAUAGGGUUCUGACAUCCGGUUGCAUCACAAUCUCCAGGCACAGCUUCGCUCUUUAAAGCUCCAUGUCCAAGAGGGUUUGGGUUUUUGCCCUGGCACUAACCCCAGGAAAACCCACCUUUUACCAGUGAAUCAGAGCAAAUGGUUCUCCAUAGAAAACUGCUGAUUUUGCCAGGAUAGGGGCAGAAACAAUGGCUUCAAGUUGUAAGACAGGAGGUUCUGACUUAACACCAGAAAGAACUUUCUAACAUUAAGAGCUGUUUGACAGUGGAACAGUCUCCCUCAGGAGGUGGUGGACUCUCCUUCCUUGGAGCUUUCUAAGCAGAGGUUGGAUGAUGCUUUUCUUGUAUGAUGAUCUAGUUGAGAGUCCUGCCUUGCAGGGGGUUGGACUAGAUGACCCUUGGGGUACCCCCCACUUCGUGAUGCUAUUAUUCUCUCCCAGCCCUACCUGGAGAUGCUGGGACUGAACUAGGGGUCUCUGCAUGCAAAACAGGUGCUGUGGCACUUCCUCUAAUCCCGCCAGCUCCCCGUUGUGCAAGAAGAGUGAUCCCACACUGCACAGCCCAGAAGCCUCUGUCCCAGGGCAGGGUUUCCUGUGUGCCUUCUGGGCGCUCUGUGCUGGGUGCUGCCCAAGUCACAAACAGAUUCUUGCCACUUCCAGGUUGACGGUUGAACAGCUAAAGCUCUGAACCGCGCCUAGAAAAUACUGUCUGCAAUCCCGGUGGAGCUAUGUGUAGUGGGGACGUUGUUAGGAGAAGACAACGCAGGAAGCAAAAUGGGUGUAAAAGCGUAGAUAUAUGAACAUACAGGAUUUGAUUUAUUAUAAUUAUGAAGACAGCUCUCUCAGUUCAUUGACCAAGUACUUUACCAUGUUUUAUCCAAUUUCUCCUAAUGUUUUAUCCAAUUUUCCCUACUCUUGUGGAGUAGGUCACUGUUAUUCCCAUUUCAUAGAUGGGGAAAAUGAGCCUUGAGUCCAGAGAUCAUGAUUUGCCCUCACCUAGUCCAUCUUUCAAUAAGCACUGAAGGCCACUACUUUUGCAAAACAUGUUUUUAUUCUGAAUUAAUUUGCUCUAACAUCUGCUUUUAGAGCUAUGCCGUUGCUGGCAUACGUUAGAAUCCCCGAUGCACUGAUAAAUGUGAGAGAAGCAGUGCAGCACAGUGGUUAGCGUGCUGGACUAGAACUUGAGAAACCAGGAUUCAAAUUCUCCCUCAGCCAUGAAGCUCACUGGGUCACCUUGGGCCCAUCCUAUUUUCAGACUAACCUACCUCACAGGAUUGUUGUGAGGAUAAAAUGGACGCUGUACUCUGUAAAAACCAUGUGCACUGUCUGGAGGCCCUUGGAGGAAGGGUGAGAUAUAAAUGUAGUGUAGAAAGUGAAAAGCCCUUCCUUAUCCCCAGUGCUUAUUUUUCUAGAAAAAGAGGUGCUGGAACUCACCACACCUUGUUCUCUUAGCAUGGCAAAGGCACCACCUGAGUUGUGGCUGGAAAAAAAGCCCUGCUCAUUCCCACUCUUCAGUCUAGGUCGCCGUGUUAAUCUGACACAGUCAAAAUAUAUAAAAAAAUAAAAAAAUUGUCCAGAGGAACCUAAGAGACCAACUAAGUUUGUUCUUGGUAUAAGCUUUCUGAAGAAGUGUGUAUGCGCAAAAAAGCAUAAGCUUUUGCGCACAAAAGCAUAACCAAGAACAAACUUCGUUGGUCUCUUAGGUGCCACUGGACAAUUAAUUUUUUUAUAUAUUUCCACUCUUCGGUGGUUAGAGUAUUGGACCCGAGAGACCAAGGUUCAAAUCCUCACUCAGCCAUGAAGCUCACUAACUAGUCAUCCUCAGGCCAGUCCCAAUCUCUCAGCCUGACCUACCUCACAAAGUAGUUGUGAAGAUUAAAUGCGCAGAAGGAUAGUCAUGUUUGCCACAGUGCGCUUCUUGGAGAAACAGUGACAUACAAAUGUACAAACACACAACUUUAUCAAAUGUAUUCAGAGUAGAAGACUAAAUUUCUUUUGUAAAUUAGGCAUUAUAUUUUCUGUAGUUAAGCCUAAGGGUGCACAUAUUUAUAGGCAUGCCAAUUGUCUGGAAAUGAUGGUUUCCUACUUUAAAAUGGUCCCAGUGCCAUGGGGACCAGGCACAUUUUAACUGGGAAGGAAGAGCCUUGGGCAACUCAUUAAUUUCUCAGCUUCAGUCCCUCAAGUGUAGAAUGAAUAAGCUGUAUAGACUAUUUUAUAUUAAUUGUAUAGGUUGUGCUUAUAUUUAAAACAAAACUGGGGGUAGGAAUGAAUUCAAGCCGUAGUUCUGUCUGUGGGUAUAAAGCUGUAGUUAAAAUGACUUACAGGGUGACACCCACAUUACUGGGUGGCCUCUUCAAGAUGCUCUGAGCCAUAUUCUGAAGUCUCGUUUCUCCAGAUGCCACCUUCUCCUCUGCCAGUGCAUGAAGACUAACAGAGGACAUGGGUUUCUGCUCUCCUCCCAGUUUAUUGUCACAACAACCCUGUGAUCAGGCUGAGAAACGGGACUGGUCCAACGUCUCCCAGAGAGCUUCAUCUAGUCACCUCCUGACCAGCAAGUUCUAGCACAGGGUCACUGCUUAGCCUGGCAUCCAAGUGGCAGAGAAUUGCCAAGAGAUCUAGUGUGGGGUCAGGCAUGCUUCCUUCCGCAUUGCAGACAGGGCUUAACUUCCGCAGGGAAAGUGACAAAGUGCAAGACUUUAAGGAAGAAACAUGACGCUCCAUCCCUAAUCCCUGAAGUGGGGGGGGGGGUUGGUGGGUGAGGGGAGAGCACUUUGCACCACUUCUUCACUGCUGUUUCCUGUGAUGUGAGGCUAAGACCCCAGAUUCCAAAGAGAGACUCUCUAGAUUAUUAUUAUUAAUUAAUUAAUCAAAUGUACAAAGAAUGGAUGAUUUUGAAUUAUGGUGCUGGAGGAGACUCUUGAGAGUCCCAUGGACUGCAAGAAGAUCAAACCUCUCCAUUCUGAAGGAAAUCAGCCCUGAGUGCUCACUGGAAGGACAGAUCAUGAAGCUGAGGCUCCAAGACUUUGGCCACCUCAUGAGAAGAGAAGACUCCCUGGAAAAGACCCUGAUGUUGGGAAAGAUGGAGGGCACAAGGAGAAGGGGACGACAGAGGAUGAGAUGGUUAGAUAGUGUUCUCGAAGCUACCAGCAUGAGUCUGACCAAACUGCGGGAGGCAGUGGAAGACAGGAGUGCCUGGCAUGCUCCGGUCCAGGGGGCCACGAAGAGUCGAACACGACUAAACGACUAAACAACAACAAAUAUGCUAUCUUUCAUCCAUAGAUCUCAAGGCAGUUCACAGCAUGGCAAUUGGCCCUCAAAUAGGCUGUGGCUCCGUGCAGGAGCAGAUUUCACAUAUGGAUUAAUCUAGCCCUGUAAUCCAGUAUCAUUUGUACAGCGGCGGAGCAUAUGCCCGCGCUGCCCAGGGCGGGUGCACUCCUGAGGAGGUGAGGCACAGAGGGGGCCUCCCAGGUGUGGGAUAGCUGCUCGGGUGCACAGAGCGGCGCACGCACCCUCCAUACUGAAGUGGUUUUCAACCAGUGUGCCAUGGCACCCUGAGGUGCCUUGAAUGAUGGUCCGGAGUGCCGCGGGCAACACUGGCCUCUGUUCCUCUUUCCUCCCCUCUGAUGCCCUCUCUUGUCUCUGCCUCCUAAAGGCUUGCACAGCUGUUUGUUGCAGCAUCCCUGGCUACAAGCUCCCCAGGCGAAGGGUGCCUCUUGGGGUGGCCAGGGGGUGCUUCCCAGGCCCCUGUGGGGCAGUGUGAGGAGGCACCUCUCUUUGGGGCAGGGGGGGAGUAGUUGCCCCGAGGACUCCCAAGGAGAGAAGAGGAGGCUGAGGGAACACUCCACAAGGGAGGGUGUUUGGAAAAGGGUGAGGGUCUGCCAGUUCUGUGGACAAGGGGUGAUAUAACUGGGCUCCUGAGCCCCACAGGGGUGCCGCAGAAAGAAUGUAGUUGGUUAAGGGAGCCAUGGACUCAGAAAGGUUGGAAACCUCCGAUAUACUGUAUAGGUGACUCUAUCUCUCUCUUCAGCUCCCUGGAACAGAGGGUUCCUCCUGCUGCACAGAUCCCGAUUGCUGUUCCCUGUGUCACCAUGUCCAGACCUGAGCCUUGCAGAGACUCUCAAGCGCUUCACCCAUCCUGCCCACAUAAAUGCCCCCUGCGGAAGCCCCUCCUGGAGCCAGCCCUCACUGUCUCCCAGUUGCAGCAGGUAAGUCCUGGCUAAGCGCUCCUUCCACCUUCACCUUGUCGUUCCUCAUCUCCAGCUCAAAACACCUCUUUCCCUGAUCUUUCAGAUGCGGCCUUCAGUUAUCACCUGCGUACCCCGCCGGAGCUGGCCAGAGAAACCUGAAAGCACCAGCCCUGCAGUGAGUCCCCAUUUCCCCUUCUCUCUCUCUCUCUCUCUCUCUCUCUCCUCUCUCGCAGUCUCUUCCCCAACCUGCUGACUAAGGAUUGAUGGGAGUUGUAGUCCAAGCCACAGAGAACUAAGCUUUUCUUAGGCAGGAAGAAGGGGGUGCUUCUAUUUAUUUUCAUUCUAUUUUUGUAAAGUUUUACAUUAUUAUUUCAUGUUAUAAUGUAUAUAAAACAGAGAUGCCAAUUAUAACACCAAAUGACCUGCUUAUUGAGCAUUCAUCCUGAUUUGUUUGCAGGCAGAUCAUACAAUGUUGGAUAUUUAGUAAGCAUCCAUUCUCAUUUGUUUGUGGGAAGAUUAGAGGAUGGUUGCAUCAAACCAUCAAAUUCCUGACCUGCUACUUUCCUUAUUGCAAAAAAUCUGAUCUCUUAAGUGGGUUUGUUGCGCAAGACCUCCCAAUCAAUUAUAAUGGUGCGACCUGAAUGUGUCAGUACAGUGGUACCUCAGGUUACAUACGCUUCAGGUUACAGACUCCGCUAACCCAGAAAUAUUACCUCGGGUUAAGAACUUUGCUUCAGGAUGAGAACAGAAAUCGUGCUCCGGCGGCGCAGCGGCAGCAGGAGGCCCCAUUAGCUAAAGUGGUGCUUCAGGUUAAGAACAGUUUCAGGUUAAGUAUGGACCUCUGGAACACAUUAAGUACUUAACCCGAGGUACCACUGUAUGUGAUUGAACCCAACCCAAAAACAGGAGCUGCCUGGAAGUGUCCUCAGGUGACUUUUAUGUCACUGUAACUGUCAUGGCUUCUCCCAAAGGAUCAUGGGAAUUGUAGUUUGGUCACACUGCUGAGAAAUCUGUUAGAGACCCCUAGUUUUGCCAGACCCUCAACAUAACUGCAUUUCCCAGGGAAUUCCCAAAAUCUGUAUAUGAGGCCCCCUUUUACAGCAUAAUGUCAAAUAUUUGUUUGUGCAGAGUACAUGCAGUCCUGAUUCUAAUUCACACACAAUUCCCAUAUAUAUUUGCUCAGAUAAACGUGCUGUGCAUUUGGAAGGCAGAGAGGGGAUGGUAGAGAAGGACCUAGAGGAGAAGUCACAGAGUAGUUACUCCCCCCACAGAGCACCCUUUAACCACCCUGCUGCUCUCACAGCUGGGGGGGGGAGAGGUUGAGGGUUGCUUCAUCUGUUCACCGCCUGGUUUUCAAUUCACAUACGGGAUUAUGAGCACAGAACCAGAUGCUGAGGGGGCAGGAGAGCAGGCCAGGUUAUGGCUUUUUGCAGGUGUCAUCAGAAGCCCAUAUUUCCUGACCAAACCUGUUUUCCCCCAACAGAUCACCCCAUCAGACCGCAGGAGCACGAACUCUGAUCCUGCCCCCCCACAGAGGCUCCAUGCAUGGACCACGGGCUCUGUGGGGCCUUCAGCACAAGUCAGCAGAGAAGCAUCUCCCAAGCAAAGAAUCCAGCGUGCAGACAAGAAUCCCAUCCCCAGCGCUUGAAGCUCUUUGGCUUUGACCUAGCAGGUCCCUCCUGUGUCCCUGUUGUCCAGCAAUGAGGAAUCCUCCAGAUGUUGCUGGACUCCCGAUUCCCAUCAGCCGGGGAGCCAGUAGGGAGAGACGAUGGCAGCUGCAGUUCAUCAACAUCUGGAGAGCCACAGGUUCCCUGCCCAUCUGUAUUGGCUAUCCUUGGACCCCUAAGCCCAACCCCCAUCCCUUUUUAUGGCCAAGUAGCUGUCCAUAUUCCUACACCAUGUCCCUGGCUCAGUGCCCUCCUUCCCUACACCUUGUGUUCUUAUUCCCCUUCUAGACCUACAAAUUGAACUGCCUUUCCUGUCUCAAACCCAUUUAUGUGAAAACCCUGCUGGUUCCAAUGGAACUGACUUCUAAGUCAGCAUGCUCCUUUAACACAAGAAUUGCUCUUGCCCGGUCAGAUACCACGGAGGGUCCAUUCCAGUCCCAUUCUGCUUUCAGCAGGAGCCAGGCCAGUGCUCCUGGGAAGUGAAGAUGGAGCAGGUGCAAAGGCAAGAGCCCUGUAGUGACCCGGGUUCCAGAAUGGUGAUGUGUAUAAAGCCUAAAAUUCCAGCCUCUGUGCUGUGCACAGAGACUGGAACUGGAACUGAGAACGGAAAGUCUGAAAACCUCAUACACUCCAGGAGUCCAGGUGAUGUGUAGCCAGCAGGUGAUGGCUAGAAACUUCCCACCUUGGUUUCCCCAGUGCAAACAAGCAGAUAAAUUCCAAGAAAGUACAAGAAAAGAAGAAAUAGUGCCCGAUCCAGCACUCAUAGGAAGAUCCAAGAAUCACAAGUAGCCUCUGACAGAGGAACCAAACUAAGACAAAAUAUGGACCCUUUCCUACGUGGGACUCAGCCCUGAAAGUGGAGGAGAGCCAUUUUAAAAAACACAUCAUUUUAUAUUUCUCUAAUUCAUGAGUGUCAAUAAAGUCGCGUUGAACUGUGUCUUGUGUGUGCAGUAAGAUUUCUGCUUGUGGUGCUUUUGGGUUUUUUG